AUGUCUAAACGCUCCCGAAGCCACUCAAGAUCCUCAUAUCUUGAAAAGGACUCAUCAUCACCAUUUCCAACGGUAGAGAAUACAACCUUUGAACUUUCUGAUCGUACCAAGUUCGUUGACAGUACCAACGUCCUCCCCGAAGUGAUGCAUUGCUCCUUACCGCCCCAUCGCGAGACCAUCUCGUUCACUUCCUACGAGGAUUACGAGGUUCAUUACCUCCAAUAUCAUGUAAACCGCUGCUCUGAGUGCAGUAAGAACUUCCCUACUGGUCGUCUACUCGAUAUACACAUCGAGGAGAACCAUGACCCACUGGUUGCUGCACGACGAGCCCGUGGAGAGAAGACCUACGGAUGCUUCAUUGAAGAUUGCGAGCGCAAAUGCUCUACCCCUCAGAAAAGACGCCUACAUCUCAUUGACAAGCACAUGUUUCCUCGAAGCUACAAUUUCUACAUCGUAAAUGAUGGCAUAGAUAAGCAGACUUCCAUGCUGCGACCCAUGAACAGCCACAGACGACGCAUUUCAACCUCAUCAGCUCUAGAGGGCAGGCUGCGCCGUCGAAGCUCUGCAUCUCAAUCAAACCCACCUACAAAUGUACACCCUGUGACAAAAGCACCCAGCGACAUGGAUAUCGACGAGCUGGAGAAGUCUAUGUCUGCCCUGAAAUUUGUGCCCUCGAGCGUCACGAGAAAUCGGGGCAAGGUGCCUGGAAAGUAA